CUUGGGUCUGGCUCCGUACAGCCUAUGCAGUGCGGGAGAGUAGUUCGGCGGGCCGGCUAUGGAGGCUAUUGAGGGAGCGCCAUGCAGGGGGGCCCGCUGACCAGCAGCCCAGUGUAGGUCAGGCAGUUCCCAGGCACACAGCUGCUGCCGCUGCAGAUACACAUUCACAUGAAGCAAAAUGGAAACAAUGCUAAUAAAGAACAUGGGGCAGGAGAAUGGUCAGCUGAAGGAGGAAGAGGAGGAAGUGGACCCCAGGAUUCAGGGAGAACUAGAGAAGCUUAAUCAGUCCACUGAUGAUAUAAACCGAAGAGAGAUCGAACUGGAGGAUGCCAGACAGAAGUUCCGCUCCGUACUAACUGAAGCUACCCUGAAACUCGAUGAGAUGGUCAAGAAGAUUGGGAAAGCUGUGGAGGAUUCUAAACCUUACUGGGAAGCCCGAAAAGUUGCCAGACAGGCCCAGCUAGAAGCACAGAAAGCCACCCAGGACUUCCAGCGUGCCACAGAAGUUCUGCGGGCAGCCAAGGAAACAAUAUCUCUGGCAGAGCAGAGGCUGCUGGAAGAUGACAAACGCCAGUUUGAUUCAGCUUGGCAGGAAAUGCUGAACCAUGCCACACAGCGGGUGAUGGAAGAGGAACAGAAGAAGACGCGCAGUGAGCUGGUACAUAAGGAGACGGCUGCUAAAUACAAUGCAGCCAUGGGCAGGAUGAAGCAGCUGGAGAAGAAACUAAAGAGAACAAUCAACAAAUCAAAGCCGUAUUUUGAACUCAAGGCAAAGUAUUACCUACAGCUUGAGCAACUUAAAAAAACAGUGGAUGAACUCCAAGCCAAACUCUCUCUAGCAAAGGGAGAAUAUAAGACUGCCCUCAAAAACCUAGAGAUGAUCUCUGAUGAGAUUCAUGAAAGACGCAGAACAUCGGCUAUGGGCCCCAGGGGGAGAGGAGUAGGCUCUGAAGGCAAUAAUUCACUUGAAGACCUCUCAGCUUGCAAACUGGACUCAGAUGCUAUAUCCAUGACAUCAGAGGUGUUUGAUGAGGACAACCUCAGUAGCUUGGUCUCUGAAGAAGAUUCUGAAACCCAGUCUCUGUCUAGCUUUAGCUCUGGCCCAACCAGCCCUUCUGAGAUUCCAAGUUCAUUUCCUAGUGCCCCUCGACCCGGAAGCCUGGAAUUAUCAAGCCCUUUGUCUCUUUCCGACUUUGGUUUGAUUUCACCAGUACUAGGCCCUCGAAGUGAAUGCAGUGGGGCUUCCUCCCCGGAGUGUGAUCUAGAAAGAGGAAACAGAGCAGAAGGAUCAGAGAAUGCAGCCCAGGACAGAAUAAACAAUAAUAACAGUAAAAGCAAUAGCAGGAAAGCCAUGGCAUUGCCAGUCCUGGACAACAAGAUGAAGCAGCUCUCAUUGGAAUGUACAAAGACUGGAAAUGGCACAAACACAGAGAGGAAGAAAUACAGCCGUUCCCAGUCUUUAGCUUCUACCCUGUUGGUCAAUGCUGUGUGAGCAUAUUAAUAUAAGAGCAGGAAUCCUGUGCCAACAACCUUCUUUCAUUCCAUGCAGACUUUGGUAGACUGCUGGGACAUUGGCUCUACUCAUUGGGAGAUUAGCAUGAGACCUCUAUAGGAAGUACAGGUGGCUUUUUUCAGCAGGCUGCCUUUUUGCCUUUUACCCAGUGUGUACAUUUAAGUGUGUAUCCUGUGUUUAGGGAGGAAUAGUCCGCAUAGCCAUCACCAGAGCAAUAAAUUCAAUGAACUUUCUGUGCCAAAAAAAAUGUCUGGAUUCUGAAGUGAACUUCCGUGAUGAGGUGUUUUUGUUCCUUGUCUUUUUAGGUAGGACUGCAAUCUCUUCUUGUCUACUGGAGAGUCAGCAUUGAUGUAUUAGCAAAUCAACACCCAUCACAUCUCAUGUUUAUGUAGUAGAACAACUGUUUUCGCAUUUUCUAUGCUGUUAAAACAGUGCCAAGUAACAGUCAUUUGCACAAUGGGACAUUAAAUGAUACCUGCACAGAUUCAUUUGAUGUGAUCCAGGCAUUACGUAUGCCUUCCUUUAUCUGUCUAGCCCCAUUCAUUCCUCCACUUGGCCUUUGGUCCAUCAUCUUGACCACUUAAUAGCAAUUUGCUCCGAUGUAAUAAAGCCUUUGGAAAGUAAUCCUCUUUGUGUCUAACCACUAACUUUCCAAGCCAAAUGCCAUCCAGUAUUUGCACUGCUUUGUUCAUCAGUGCUCCAUGGUGAAGAAAGGCCUCAGUGGCAAAGAUGCCACCCUUUUCCUAAACUCCUACGCUGGAGAGUAUUUGAUACCAGGACAUUGAUAUAUGCAUGCCAUAGACAAGUGUAUGCAGAUCAGGAUUGAUAAUGUAUUUCAUCACUAGAUAUAUACCAAUUAUGAGGAUGGAUGGACUGUUAAGCUGCAUUCAUUCAGCUAUGGAAAGUUCCAUAUGAUUUUGCGAUCUUGUUUAUGUUUUAUACUAUACCUGUGAUGUCAAACUUGCAAACCACCCACCCAAUAAGGCUUUUUGAAAAAAAAAAAAAGCCAGAAAACAGUGAGUUAGACAUCUCUGUUUUAAACAACCUUCUUACAGCUUGUAUAAAUGUAGAAAUGUAAUGGAUGAAUGUAAUAGAUUUCUACCAUGUGCCAUUGGGAAAUGUCAAUAAUUACUUGGCCAAAUAGCCAGAGUAAUCUCACUUAAAUGCACUUCUGAUGUGAUUGGGCUGUCCUUGAGGGAACAUGGGGAAGGUUAUAGAUCUGGGGUGGAGCUGAUUCCAUGAAACUAUCCAUGACAUGUUAACUGCCCUACCCAGCUUCACUGUACCCUUUCUCUGAAUUCCCCCCUUACUUUUGCAGGCGAGAGGACAUGAUUACAGAGUAUUAAAACCGUCCAUACUGUAUAGACAGCCUAGGAUUUUGGGCACUGAGGCUGGUUUAACUAUAGGCAAUGAUACUGUUGGAGCAAGGCAGUGGAGUCUAAGCUGCUGGUUUGUAGUAACAGGGUUUGCAAGUCUCUUUUCUAUGUUAUUCUGAAGUUUUUGCUAGGGGAAUUUAGUAUUAUUGGAAUAUGGUGACUCCCACUGCUGCUGUCUUUGUGUUCAUUCCACAGCUUGUGUGUUUUCUGCAGCCAAAUAAAGUGUGUUUCAUGCAAGUUA